UCUGCGAGCGCGCGCACGAGCCGAGCUGAGAACGCACGAAGACGCUGAGACGCGACGCGACGCGACGACGCGAGGAGACACUCGAUAUUCCGCUGGAAAGUGUCCCUAUCUGACGCCGAGAUGCCGUACAUCCUCAUCAGCACACAGAUCAGACUGGAGACGGGGCCCACAACAGUCGGAGACGAAUAUUCGGAUCCAUCCAUCAUGGAGUAUCUCGGAGCCCGAAAAACCACCAUACUGGGAAACAACUUCUCCGAGUAUCAUGUGGCCGAGCCGCCGAGACUCGUCUUAGACAAACUGGACAAGAUUGGAUUCAGAGUGGUCAGCAUGACGGGCGUCGGACAGACUAUAGUCUGGUGUCUUCAUAAAGAGAACAGUGACGCGCUGUGACUCCACCAUCAUCACAACAUCAACCUUUACACGAGAGAGAGAAAGCUACACGUCUGAUGAAAGCAUCUAAAGAAAUGUAAAGUAUUUGAAAUCUGUGAAUGAACUAGCAAUAUUAUCAAUACCAUCAGAAUGACACUUUUAUAUGUAUGGAAAAUUAUUUUUGCGUUUGUAGUAAUAUAAAUCAUUAAGUUGAUUGUGGGAACAUCAUUAUUAUAUGUGCAAAUCUGUCUUUAAAUAAAUGCUUUGCAAUUAAAUAUUCGUUUUUAUCAGCUCAAAAUUAUUAUUUAAACCCCACAUUCUUUGUGAUAUGUAGUUUUGAACAUUAUUAAAUAUGCUUACAGAAUAUGUAAAUGCUAUAUUUUGUGUUUGUAAUCUUGACAUGUAUGAGACUCUAAUUAUAAAUAAAGUAUCUGUUGUAAAGUGCU